UGGCUCUGCCUCUACACGUCAGCGCGACGAUUACGUACCGUAUUUUGUUUCGCGUCGGCGUACUGUACUGUUUCUGCAACCGCGUGCAUAAUUGUAUAUACAUGUAAUUCCGCGCAACCCGUUUUUUGUACGUGCCGAUGUCAUUGACCAUCCUUGUGGGUCUUAACGCCGGAGCGAACACCGCUUGUCGUUGGCUGCGUUGUCGUGACGGUUUGUCGCACGUCGGCCGCCGAAAACCUCGUAGUCAAGUUGUGUUGACGGUGUGUUCGUCGGCCAUCAACCGUCGUUGGCGCUCGCGUCAAGCAUUAUAACCGCGAUUCGCUGUUGUGGGGCCGCCGUAGACCGCAAGCGUCCGAGCAUUGAUUAUUCACGCCCUGCCGUCCGCCAAGACCACUGUCGCCGUUUCAGCGCGGAAUUUUGCGCCGUGUGUGGAUCCAGACGACUCUGUGGAGACCGUCAGGUUACAUUUUUGUAUUGCCACUUUUAAAAUUUGUUGUUACCUGGCUGUGCAUGUUAUUUUUGUUACAUCUUAUGAAUUAAUAUUUAAAUUGCACAAUGACGACACAAUGUUUCGAGUUGCCGUCUCUAGUUUAGAUGGCUAGAGCCAAUUUUGUUUCUUAGCUGUAAGAUUUAAGGGUGCCCGAUUUCAUUAUUAUUAUCCGUAUUUAUUAUAUUUAUGCGCUCAGCGCUUUACACCUAAUUCCAAUUUGUUUGUUUGCGAGAUUUGUUCACCGGGAGGGCAACCUUUUCCUAAAUAUACCGCUAGUCGGUAUCGCCAACCGCCUAUUUGUAGGAGCGAUAUCGGCGAUUAAACAUAGUUACUCAGAUACCAAUACAUUCGUACUGCGCCAUUUUUUUUCGUGACAUUUUACCAAUACUUUAUAUUAUUUAAUAUUGUUGAUUUUCAUCGAUGAAAGUACCCAAACCUGCCGCCCAGCGCGCCAACCUAUGGCUACGUUUAAUUUCGCAGCAGAGGCCAUUAAUUUUAAAAAAGUCUGACAGCGGUUAUUCAAAAGAAUUAAAGAUGUUUUCCAGAUAGGGAUUAACUUUAUGAUGUUAACAAUGUCGUUCGGAGAUUUUGUCCCAAAAAAAAAAAAAAAAUAGCCGGAGUCGUAUAUAGAUAGGUUCUGUUGUACAGCACUCGACACAAGUAAAUAAAAUACUAAAAAAAAAGAAUCAUUCCUGCCUAUUUGGCGUUCGGGUGGUCCGAGUUGUAACGCUUCGUAAAGUUCAAUAUUAAUGUGAUAGAACGUACAAUAUUAGGACUGUAUAACAGCAAAUAAAGCUAUGUGACCAAUAUUAUAGCCAAUUUAUAAUGUACCCUUUCUAAAAAUAAUAUGUCCGAAUUUGGAAUUUGUACUAAAAUGAUCAUAACAAUAUUUACUUAUAAGUAAUUAAAAUACAAUGAGGCUCCUGCACAUUUAUUUACAGUACGGUAGUUGAAGUAGGUGGAGUGCUGUAUUAUGACCGUUUUCCGUCUUCAUUAUCGAACUAGAAACAAUAAUAAUAUAUGAUACGCAGGUAUGACGGAUAGUAAUAUGGCAAAUAUUAAUCGGGUCUCAACUCCGAGGAUCUGACACGAAAACAAAACUCUGGCUUUUUAAUAUUAAACAGAAUCAAUUAUGAAACUUCAUAUUUUGUGUUACAAUAUAAUUAUGUCGUCACGAUAAUCAUCAAUGAUAAUAUUUGUCUCUCCUAUUAUAUUGUUUCAGACGAUCAAAUGACAGGUACUUGGAUAGAUCCUACCCCAGAUCCAAGUACCUAUGUAAAUUCUGGUGAUGAUGACUGGCAGAGUUAUUUGGGCCCAAAUGCAUCUGGUGCGAUGCUGUCGACGACAGCGACAACGACGUGGGGAACGCCGCCGCCGCCAUACAACGCGAUCAACGACAACUCCAACGACGUCAGAGCGGUGAACAAAGAGAAUUUCGGCAGGGGAACUUUAAGAGUGGUUCCAUUCGAGUUCAUCACUGAUGGAAACCUUGUGAUGAAACCCUGGUUUCGACCCUAGAGGACCCAACUUAUACACCUAUCGUAACAAGAAGAAAAAGCAGCAGUUGAAAAUCGCUCCGUUGCACGUUGCGCCUGUGAAAUAUAAAAAAAAAAAAUAUCAUAACAUACGAUAAUAUUGACAUGGGUGGAUAAAAAUGAAUAAUAAUAUGGUCGCGAAAGGAUGACAUCAUCGUCUCUGUUAAUAUACUACCAGAAACAUGUCAAAUGAUUUUUUUUUCAUCCACAUACUCAGAAGAUGCCAUGAUGUUUGCUAAUGCUAUUGCACCUAUGUCUGUCAUCCUAACAUUAAAACAUGAAGAAGAAACAUUGGAUAAUGUGAGACAAUACUACGUUAAUUGCAAUAACAAAGAAGAUAAAUACAAUAUUUUAAUGAAAAUUUAUCUAGGAGUGACUAUUGGACAAGCUAUGAUUUUUUUGUCAGACAAAAAAAAUGGCUUCAUGGUUAGUCAAUAAAAUGAUAGAACAAGGACAUGCUGUAGCUUUAAAUGCCUUACUCAAGUCAAUUUAGUUACGGUAUAUAUGGUAAUUCUUUAUCAUAUAUCUUUUCUAUAUUCUUUAUAAGUUAAAUUUCCUUUAAGUUACUAUCAAUCGUUGUUUAUAGAUAAUGUAUACGUAUGUAAGUAUAUUUAUAUAUUUAAAAUAUGUAAUAUUUUAAAAAUGUUAUCUUUUUUUAUGUAAUCAUAAGAGCUCUCACCUCCGUCUCAAGUAUGCUUAAAGAAGCAGAGCAAAUUUAUUGUACUAAUUAUGCAUCUUAUAUUUCCAAUGUUAAAUUUGCAAAUAAAUAAAUAUAAAUCAUUAUAUUAUUUUAAAUGAAUUUAUAAAAAAGUU